CCGGCGGCACGAUGAGCCGGGGCCCAGCCACAGGAGAAGAAGGAGCGGAUGGGGGGACGGGACGGGACGGGACGGGACAGGACAUGGAGCCGAGGGUGAUGCCAAACGGGUGGUCCCGUUUCUUGCUGCUACAGGUUCUCUGCUCCGCGUCACAUGCGACUCCAGCGACCGGUGCUGGGCUCCUGCACCCCCCAUCGGACGUCUCUGUCGACUCAGUGAACAUGAAGCACCGCCUCACGUGGCGCCCCCCAGAGGUCUCCUGUGCUACUGUGAGCUACUCGGUACAGUUCCAAGGGGAGUUCGAGCUGCGAAUCCUCAACGGGAGCUGGGAGGAGGUGCAGGCAUGUCAGCGCAUCGGCGCAUGCGUGUGCGACCUGAGCGACCACCUCGCCUCGGACUCCGACUACGAGCUGCGCGUGCGAGCUGAGUGCGGCGGCGCUGUGUCCCGGUGGGCACGUCCCGCCAUGCCUUUCAACAGGAAGCAGACGAGACUGGCCCCCCCAGCACUCAGCAUCCACACGACGGGCUCCUCUGCUCAGGUUCACUUCCCUGACCUGCCGCCAGCGCUCCACCUGUUCCUCACACACUGGCAGAGAGGUGACGAGCUGCGGGCCUCCACAGUGUGGGUCUCGGUGGAAGAGCGGCCGUUCCUCCUGUCCCAGCUGCAGGAGGGCGCUACCUACUGUCUGCGUGCCCAAAUACAGCUGCCUGGCAGCAACAGGAGCGCCUCCUCAGACACACACUGCUUUUCCAUUGCCGACUCUCAGUUCCCCGGGCUGGAAGCCUCUAUAGUGUGUGUGGCCACCUUGGUGACCAUGGCCCUCCUCGGAGGACUGCUGUGGUGUGUGAGCCGAGUUGGUCGCUCUCUGGUUCACAGCUGCUACCCACAGGAGCCCCUCCCUGCUGCCCUGGAUUGUAUCCAGCACCAUGUGGUCCUCCGCCUCGUGGUCCACCCACAGCAGUGCGAAACGCACAAUGCCGUCCUCCUGCUAUGGCCCGCCCAGCUGCACACACACAGCUCACCUGGCAAAACAGGUACAGAGUGCUGCCGGUGUUCAGCUGAAUGCUGCGCACCUCUGCUGAGUGGUGGAGGAGGAGCUAUUCUCACUGAAGGAUGAUGGGUCAGUGGAGUACUGGAGCCUGAGCCCCCUCCUGACUGCUCAUCGUCAGAGUCCUGCUGGAGGAGAGCAGAGAGUUGUGCUGCCGGGGCCCACAGUGGUGCCAUGCAGUGAGCCAUCGUCAUGCCCCCUAGUGGACAUAGUGCAAGGUGCUACGCUGACAUGCGCACACACACACGCACAUACAAAGGGUACAUGUGCAGUGUCGCAGUAGAUUUUGGAUGUGCCUUUACUACUCUUGAUGUUAUUGUGUGUGCAUGUUAUCAGACCCCUGCCUGUUAGCAUCACACACACACCUCUAGAAGUUGCUGCCCCUGUAAUGUUGGCAUGUUUAAACUGUGACAUCACACACAGUCUGUACCUAUAUGUCUGUCCAUCGGUGAAAUGCACUUUUAUUUACUGCGUUGUACGUCACUCUAGAUUGAAGU